CUUCCUUCUGAGAUUGGCUGGCCAAUGUCGCUGCAGUCAAACACCGCGCGGGCACCUGCAACGACCGCCACGCUCCCGACUGCCGCGCGCACGACCUGCAAGGCAUGCACAAAGGACACGACAAACACACCCUACAUACAGUGUGCCGAGUGCGAGAAUGUGCAACUGUGCGUGAAUUGCUUCACUCAAGGCGUCGAAGUCGAAGGAGUGACGUGCAAUCACCGAAACACGCACGAUUACAGGGUGAUUGACAACUAUCAAUAUCCUGUACUCGAAGCCGGAUGGACGGCGCAGGAAGAGCUCGCAUUACUCGACGCGAUCGAGCACAAUGGCCUUGCAUGGGAAUACGUUAGUGAAGCCCUUGCAACGAAGACCGCGCAAGAGUGCGAGACCCACUACGCAAAAUUCUAUCUCUGCCAUUCGCAAGCACCGUUACCUGAUACCCGCAAACUUCUUUGUCGCCAUUUGAUUCUACCAGCAACCUCAGAGCUCGACGAACCAGUCGCAGACAUUCCCUUCAGCGGAACACAGACCGAGGCGUCUUCCUUGAUUAGUACCGCGCCAAAGUCUCUCGGGCCUGAAGUGGCUGGGUUCAUUCCGCUCCGUGGCGACUUUGAGGUCGAGUACGAUAACACGGCCGAGUUUCUCGUGAAGGACGUCGUGUUCAACGAUGAAGACUCUGACUUGGAACGAAGAGUCAAACUUGAACUUGUCUCAAUGUACAACGAGCACCUUGAUGAGCGACUUGCGCGAAAAGAAGUUGUUCGAGCUCACGGCCUUCUGGAUCGUCGAAACGUCGCGCACCCCAACACGGAGGCCGAGCGGCAAUUGCGCAACCAACUCAUUGGGCUGGCCCGUUUUCAGUCGUUCGAACAACAGGAAGGGUUUAUUCAAUCGUUACUCCUUGAGCAGCGGCUUCGCAAGCGCCUCGACCAGCUCCGCGAAUAUCGAGCCAAUGGCGUGCGCACCCUCGCUGCAGGCAAAAUCCAUGAUCUCGAAAAGGCCAAGCGAGCCUCUGAGAAAUCUCGCAAAGCAUCACGUCCAACGCCCAGCUUUUCCUCCCUUGUGACCGCGAACAGCCGGUACCCGUCAAGCAGCUCCUCAUCAUCAUCGGCAGCAAAGGCGAUGGUCAUUUCAAACCUCCCUGGAUACGACCAGCUCACAGAAGACGAGAAAGAGAUCUGCGUCACGCUGCGGUUUGCUCCCAACCAAUAUUUGUCGCUCAAGAGUACUCUAGUAUCCGCCUGUGAGGCCAACGACGGUCUACGGCUAAUAGACGCUCGCGGUCUGAUUCGAAUCGACGUGCACAAGACGCGUCGGUUGUGGGAUUUCGGCAUUUCAUCUGGAUGGUUGUGGUCGAGCACUUCCAAGCAAUCACAGGGUUGAUUCAGUAUGGAAUCACCACACAAAGGUGCCACUGCAGCAGACUUAUACUUGCAAUACACAACGUCCUGUGUGUGUGUUUUUUAAAGCGCUGUUCUCAGUACAGUACUUUGCCCA